AUGUCGUCAACGCAAUACCCCCCGGCCGACGACCGGGAUAAACAUCCGCCCCAGAAUAUUCACGAAGGCGAUCAAGACAGUCGCGACGAUCGUGAGUCGGGCGAAGAGCCCGAUGUCGCCAACAUCGAGCGCAUCUACCGAAAAUUGGACUACCGCAUCAUCCCCGCCUUCUGGGUGCUGUACUUCCUCUGCUCCGCUAUUCGAUCCAAUGUCGGGUUGGCGCAGACUAUGAACGCCGACGUUGGGCAUGAUCUUGGCUCCGUCUUGAACUUGACGCCGCAUCAGAUCUCGACCGGGUUGGCUUUGUUCUACGUGUGUUAUGUCGUGUUCGAUCUGCCGUCUAACCUGAUCAUGACGCGGUUGAGCCCGCACGUCUGGAUGAGUCGGAUUGUCAUCAGCGUGGGGAUUAUCGGGGCGUGUAUGGCGGCGAUGAAAGCCGCCUGGAGUUUAUAUCUCCUUCGUCUCCUCCUGGGUAUCGUCAUCGCCGGCAUGUGGCCCGGCAUGGCCUACUACCUCACCCUGUUCUACCCCCCGUCUCGCACCGGCAAACGCAUCGGUCAAUACUACACGGCCGCGCAGGUCUCCGCCGCCGUCGUUGGACUCGUGUCGGCCGGAUUUCAGGAGAUGGACGGCGCGCAUGGCCUCGUCGGCUUCCAAUGGAUGUUCCUCGUGUACGGCGUCAUCACCGUAGCCGUCGGCAUCGUGCUGCUCUGGUGGCUCCCCGACCGACCCACGGCUCCUGGCGAGCAGCCUCCCCAGCGCAAAUACCUCUGGUGGAUCCCGCGCAGCAAGCCGGCGCUGACCGGCCGCGACGCCGAAAUCCACUACUACGACCUGAAGCGCGUGUAUCACCGACCGCAGUGGACCUUGCGCGAUCUCACGCGGGUGCUCCUGGAUUGGCGGCUGUGGCCACUCCUGAUCAUGUACUUUGGCGUGGUGGGCGUGGGCAUCGGCGUGCAGAAUUACGCCACUGUCAUUAUCAAGGGAAUUAACCCGAGUUUGAACGGAAUCGACUUGAGUCUUCUGACAGCUCCGAUCUGGAUCAUGGACCUAAUCGCCAUCCUCCUCGUCACCCCCCUCUCCGACCGCUUCCACCGGCACCGCGCAAUCUUCUUCUCCAUCCCCGUCUGCUUCCAAAUCCUCGGCCUCCUCCUGACCACCUACGCCGGAACCGCCUCAAACAGCUGGCCCCGCUACGGCGGCCUCCUAAUCGUCGGCUUCGGUCUGGGCCCCACAGUGCCCAUCACGAUGACCUGGACAACGGAAAUCUUCCAGCCACGACACGGCGAAGUCGGCGUGGCGGCUGCCUCGGCGGUCGUUUCGGGACUGGGCAAUCUGGGCUCGAUUCUGACGACGUAUGCGUUGUAUACGGGGUGGGCGAGCGAUUACGAGGCGGAGGGACGGGCGAAGUAUCGAAAGAGUAAUUUGGUGAUGGUGGGGAUUUUGUGUGCGAGUAUUUUGGCGUCGGUGGUGAUGGAGGUGUUGUUGAGGGUUGUGGAGGGGAGGAAGAGGAGGAGAGGAGGGGAGAGUGGGAGUGAGGGGGAGGGGGAGGACGGGGAAGGGAAGAUUGUGGAUGGGGCGGCGAGAAGGGAGAGGGAGCAGAGGGGGUUGGAUGGGUUGUUUCGGUUUGGGAUGUUUAGGAGGGGGUAG